AUGACGGAGAAUAAAUUGGAAUACCUUGCGAUCGAUUUAAUCACGAACGGGCCGAAAGUUCCCGGCGCGUGCGUCGUGGAUGCCACCGGUGUCACGUGGACUGCGACGACGACAUCAUCAUCACAUUCGAAAAAAGAAAACGGAGAAAAAGAAGAUCAAUCUCGCGCUGCUGCGAGUAAAAAGAUAGUCGCACCGGCGACGGAUAUCAAAGAGAUCAACUACUCGCAAGUCCCCGGUGGCGUUCAGGUUUUGUUGCGAGUAAAACCGGACAAAGGUUCCGCGAAAACGAUCGUUUUGCAAGGUUUCCGAGGCGCUGACGUGAAGCCUUUGAAAGAGUUCGUCGCCGCGCAGUUUGAAAAUGUUCGCGUGCGACAACGAGAGUGUCAACCGAACGGACGAAACUGGGGGGACAUCGUCGUCUCUAAUAGCAAUUUUAAAUUCGAGGUGAACGAGAAGUGUUCGUUCGAGGUGAACGCGAACGCGAUAGCCGGGGUGAACCCAAUCGGGAAGAACGAUUUGAUCGUCGAGAUGCAACAAGGAAAGGAGAACGAGAAACAGAGUAAAGACGCUUUAGUCGAGAUGGCGUUUUAUGUCCCGUUAACCGCGGAGACUUGGGCAGGGGAGGACGUGGAUGAUGCGGAUGAUAUGGCAGUGCAACGAUUGGCGACGGCGAUUGAUGCGAUUGCGGCGACUGGACCGGCGCUGGGCGAGCCGGUGUGUGCGUUCGAGGACGCCAACUUGGUCGUGCCGAGAGGAAAGGUUACGUUUGCGUUGCAUCCGAACUUUGUUCGAGUGACUGGUUCUGCCGCAGAUUUUAAGAUUAAUUACACGUCCGUGUUGAGAGUGUACGCGUUGCCGAAACCGAACGCGCAUCAGACGCACGUGGUGGUAGCUUUGGAUCCACCGAUUAGGAAAGGACAAACGUUUUAUUCGUUCAUCGUGACGGUGUUCAACGACGACGAUAUCAUCACCGUCGCGCCGAGGAAACCGAAUAAAGAGACGGACGAUAUCGAAAUUACCGGGGAAAUGGAGGAGAGGUUCAAGGCCGUGGAGGAGGAGUACACCGGUGCGGCUGGUGAGGUUUUUGCGAGAGUUUUGAAAGCGGUGGCGGGCGUGAAAUUGACGAGACAAGGGACGUUCGUCUCCCCAGCGGGCGGUGCCGCCAUUCGCGUCUCGCACAAAGCCGACGUCGGUUUGUUGUACUUACUCGAGAGAGGCUUCUUUUAUUUGCCGAAACCGCCGAUUUUGGUUCGAUACGAGGACGUUUCCGAGUGUGAAUUUGAACGCCACGGCGGCGGCGCCGGCGCGAGUAAGACGUUCGAUUUGACGUUGACGACGAAGAAAGGUUUGAGUUACCAAUUCCACGGCAUCUCCCGAACAGAGUUUCAAAAUUUGGUCAACUUUUUAACCGCGAAGGGCUUACCCAUGGGUGAAGUCGACGCCAACGCCUUGGCGGAUCGCUUGAUUGACGAGGACGACAUGGCCGGCAUCGACGACGCGGGUCCCGAUCUCGAAAGAGGUUCCGACGAAGACGAAGAUUCCGAGGAAGACGAAGACUUCAAAGGUGCCUCGGACUCGGACGGGGGCGAACCGACCGAUUCAUCCUCCUCAGAAAGCGACUCGGAUUCAGACUCGGACGGAGGCGGCGGCAAAAAGAAGAAACCGGCGAAGAAGAAAGCGAAAACAAACUCGGGCUCUCCCCACGCCAAGAAGAAGAAAGAAAAAGACCCCAACGCGCCGAAACGACCGUUGUCGACGUACAUGAUCUUCUCCGCGGAAAUGCGCGCGAAAGUGAAAGAGGAAAACCCGGACUUUUCCAUCACGGACGUCGCCAAAGAACUCGGCGUUCGAUGGAAAUCCGUCACCGACGAAGAAAAGGUGAAAUACGAAGAGCUCGCCAAGAAGGACAAAGAGCGCUACGAACGAGAGAUGGAAGAGUAUAAGAAAACGAAGAAAGAAAAAGGAGACGAGGAGAUGGCCGACGUGGCGGGAGAGGAGGAGGAAGAUUAG